AUGGCCGCAGCCGCAGCGCACAAGGCCGACGAGGCCAAGAUGGACCUCGACGACGUCGACGUCGACGACACCACAACCGCCGACUCGGACCCCAUCACGGCGUCAUACCAAGUCUUCCUCAACCCGGCCCUGCCUCUCGGCCGGCGGCUUCUCGUCCUGCAGCACCCGAACCGCACCGACGACGCACCGCGCCCGCCACCCACAGAGAUGCGCGUCAAGGCGCAUUCGGGCAUGGUCGAGGUCGACAUGCCCCUCGACACGGGCGUCGCCUACGACCGCGAGAAGGGUCUCAAGUGGGGGCGCACACUCAACGCCUCCAUGGCUACCAAGAACGGCGGCAGCCACGGCCUCGCCGGCGGCUUCGGCUUCGGCGCCGUCCAGCAGCGAGGACCGGGCCGCAAGAAAGGCGAUGCUGCCGGCGCCGACGACGACGACCAGUUCCUCGACUGGAACGACGCCGUGAGGCAGGACAAGGUCCUGCGCACGCAAACCCUCGGCGGCCAGUACCCGGACACCAACGAGGUGCAAUACAUGGUCGGCGUCUUUCAAGGCAAGGACCUGCAUCUCACCCCCGUCUCCUCCCUCGUCCACCUCCGCCCUCAGCUGCAUCACAUCGACGCCACCACCCAGCAGGAGCGCAACGCCUCCGCCUCUGCCUCCAAAGACGCCGGCGCCGGGGGCGCCUCAUCCACAGCCGCGCGCGCCAUCCACAUGACCAUCAAGGCCGCUGGCGACGGCGAUGCCGUCACCACCGAGACCAUGGCCGACCGCCUGCGCUACGUACAGAGCGAACCCUGGCGCAAGAUGCGCUACACCGACGAGAACGAGGAGGCCGCCUGGGAGGUGUACAACGAGAGCCUCUUCCUCACAGCAAAGGGCGGCGACGGCCAGCCCACCGCCGCCGACAAGGGAAAAGACGCCCAAACGCAGCAGUCGCACCUCGAGGACGCGGUGCCCAGGUUCGGCGCCAAGUGGGCCGACAAGCAGCUGCUCGAGGCUGUCAGCGGCAUCGUCAAGCCCGACGCCCCGGAGCCGGAGCCGGAGGCCCCCGUCGUCAAGGCGGAGCCCAAGGGCAAGCAGAGCGAACUUGCUCCGAGGGGGAGGGUGACGGGAGGCGGAAGUGCGUCGGCGGCCGCCCCCAGGAGAGGUGGCCGGGCAAAGGCGUCGACGUCCAGGACGACCGUCAACAUUGAUUGA